UGUUUGUGUUCGGUUUAGAUUUUUUCUAUGAAGUCAUUGUCCGUCGAAAUUUGUUUGGACCAAAAGUGGAAAAAGUAAGAAAGCAGAAGUGACGCGUGCAGCGCAGGACAGAUAUCUGUUGUGGCAGUGUCGAGAAAACUUGUGUGGGAAAAUGUGGCAAAGUAGCUAUGGCAGGUUAUCGAAACUUGUAAUUCCAAGCAUUUAACAGAGAAACCAAGAUGUAGCACGAAAGUCUGAACAACUGUAUUUUGCAAAAAAGAAGAAAAGGAAAAGAAAUAGUAAUACAAGAGUUUCCUACCUAAGGUACUCCAGCGUGCGGGGCUCCAGCAUUUCGUUCGCAAGUACUGCGUAGUAGUUACAUGAUUUAGAGAUGGUGCCCGCUCAAUGGGUGAUCAUUAAGGUCCGAUUUCACAGUUGUUUGGUUAUGCUCCUAACUAAAGCAUCACCCACUCACACCUCGGUCUGAUCUCACAGCCAUUGUCUACUUCUUCUCGGAAAUUCUCAGCCUUGUCACAGUCAUAACGAAGCGAAGGUCUCUGUGAUUCAAUAACGGUGGUGUGCCGCCUGAACAAGGCCAAGUGAUGUCAGCACUAAUGCUGGUGGUGGUGGUGGUGGUGGAGACUGCCACUCACAGGUGGUGAUCACAGCAGUACAACAACAGCAAGUGCCUGUGUUAGAGACAAUCCAGCCAUUCUCCUAACCACCCACAACCAGGAAAUCCACCAGUAGUUACCAGUGCUAUAGUCUACCUUGUACUGUGGGCCUCGGUCUUUUGUAUUACAGGAAUUAAUUCGUGGUUUUCAAGAGAAAUUAGUGCAGCAGGAAGACGUGUUGCAGUAUGGAGAGCGAAAAUAGAAGACGGGCCAAGCCUCUCAACUCCCACUUAUCGCCGCCAGUGAAGUUUCCACGACCCAUCGUUGCACCAUCAACACUCUCACCUCCGCCUAAAGCACCAGGCGACCACCCUCUGCACGUGGCUGCCUCAAGGGGCGAUGUGCGCGAGGUUGACGAGCUGCUUCGCAAGGGAACCAACCCGGACGUUGGCAACCAGCAAGGCUUCAGACCACUGCACUUGGCUGCCGAGAGAGGCUUCGUGGAGGUGGUGAAGAGCCUAAAGCAUGGCGGUGCAAGCGUGAUAGCCCCCACCAAUGCCGGUUUGCUCGCAGUACACCUGGCGGCAAGGAAUGGUCACGUGAAGCUACUGGAGUACUUACAGAAUCAACGCUGCAACCUAGCCUCUGAGGACCACUCCGGAGCCACACCGCUUCACUACGCAGCUCAGUACGGCAACCUGAUGGCUGUGAAGUGGUUGAUCAAGAAAAGGGUUCCUCUUCAGAGCAAGGACAAUGAAGGAAAGUCGCCAGCGGACCGAGCAAAAGAAAAUAGACAUUUUGAAGUGGACAAAAUCCUCGAUGAGGCAAUCUCGAAAACAAAGGUUAAAAUCCCUCGGGUCGUCCCUGUAACGCCUCCCUCUUCACGACAAGAGCGAUCGUCAAGUACGGAGACGGAGCCAGGAGAGACUAUCAAAGAUAUUGACAUGAAUACUGAGAGUCACAAAAUUGGAGAGGAUACUACUGAAAUACCUCUUGGUGGCUUCUCCGAGCAGAAGACGGCAUUCAUGAACCUUCAGAUGCAGCCAGCAGUGCAAUCCUGCCUAAAUGGACGCAGUGUAUACCCAUGCCACACCAAUCCGCGGGGCAGAGUUCUCAUCUUGAACAUCAAAUCCUUCAAAGAUGAUCACUAUCCCACCAGAUAUGGAGCAGAAUGUGACACUGUCAAUCUGGAAUCAGUGUACCUUCAGAUGGGCUACGAGGUGGUCACUCGUUACGAUCUCUCACGAGCAGACACGUUAGAAUUUUUCAACGAGGAAAGCAAAGAUUCGAAGCUGUCGUAUGUCUCCAGCCUAUUUGUGUUUAUCAUGAGUCAUGGAAUCGGUCCGCGUACUUUCGUAACCCACGACGCGGAGACAGUAACCCUUGACGAGAUAAUGAAUUUCUUCCUUAACAGUCGUUGCCUUUCUUUAAACGGAAAGCCAAAAAUCUUCUUCAGCCACUUUUGCCGCGGGGAAGACGAGGAGAUUCGACCUAAGCUUUACCCGGAAGCAAAAAGGGAAGCCUACAGAGACAUGCUUUGUAUCUUUUCUUCCACGUCAGGUUUUCUAGCUUACAGACAUCCCAUCUUCGGUACGCCGUCAGUACGUGCCUUUUGUCAGGCGUUGGCAGAGUACGCACACUAUAAGAUGUUCAGUGAGGUGAUUGGGGAAUUUCAGAAGCUUUUCGAGAAAAUGGAAGGAGCAACGUCUCCAGAAGUUCUUAAUCUAAGUUUUUCCAAACACUUCUUUUUGAACCCAUUAGGCAGAAAACACAUUCCCUCAAGAUAGUGAGGAUGUUGGCAAAGGAGUUUAGGGUUCACAUCUAGAAGUAUAUGCAUUGUUGUGAUGCUUUGUCUUUAAAGUUUGACGUACCUUCUUUUUUUUUCUAUCUUGCGUUGUAAGUGUGAAGAUAUAACUAAAUUAUUAGCAUUAAAUAUCAGUGUGUAAUGAAGGUAUUUUCCAGUGAUACAGAGAACAUGUUAUGAUGAUUAUUCAAUCAACUUACCUCACCCACCAAGUGCAUCCAGUCUUUGAGAUGCAGUGGGUAGAAUUACCGUUAAUACUUUAUUUGUGGUAAAUGUGCAUGUCUCUUUGUAAUACAAUUGUAAUAUGACGACAACUGGUAGAGGAAUAAAUGAGAAAAUCGAGACUGAAUAAGACCAAGAAUAAAGCCAUUAAUUCCAUGAGGCUAGUAUAUGUUGGGAAGAUUAAUGUGUUUCAUGCGCCUAUGGUCACAAAUGAGUUGUUAUGGAUAAAAGAGUUAUUAUAGAGGUUAUGUUUGGAAUGAAUUAAUUAAUCAAACAACAAUGUGUGAUAGAGGAAGUAGGAAUGACUGGGGUAUUGGGGAGCAGAUUGUUUAGAGUGCAUGCAAAGAAGAAAGAAAAGUUGUAUGAUGGUGAUGGUGAAACAUGGAACACUGAGAGGAGAGAAGGGAAAAUUCAGUAUCAUGAAAAUGAGGAACAUCAAAUUUACUGGGUAACGUGUAUGCGUCAAGUAAGAAAUUAUGAAGUGUAAGGGAGAAAUGAUGCUGAAAGACAGUUAGCUGAAUGAUUGUUAAAUAGAUUUGGACAAGUGGAGAGGAUGAAGGAAAAGCACUGCCAUGGGUGCACGAAGACAGCUAGUAGGUAGACUAGAUGCAAGGGACCUGAGGUGAGGGCAGAGACGCAUAGAGGGAUGGAAAGAUAGCAACGGGAGUGUUCGAUGUUAGAGUGAUGUCUGUAGAGGAAGAAAGAAUGGCGACGGGUGAUAGAAAUGUAUGGAGAGUAGUUGUAAGGGUAUACUACGGCAGAAAGCAAGGUAAUGGGGAAGACUGGCCGGGUGACCAUCAGAAGACCGAGGUGAAUUACAGACAAAGGUCGCCAUAUGGCUCAAGAAUGAACAGUUCGCGUCGGAGCACAGCUGUGUUCAGGAUGUGCAUGGCUCUGGUGUGACGUUGUCAGACACUGACUUAGUGAUGGCAGUGUGUGUAGUGCUUAGUGGCCAAAUCCUGGCUUUAGUUCCUUGCUGUACAUUUUAUGUUGUGACAUCAUGGACGUGUAGCAGACAGUAAUAAUAGUUAAAGCUAUA